AUUCCUUCAUUCUAUCUCGUACACAACCAUAACUUCCAAAAAAUAAUAAUAAUAAUAUUUCUGCGUCCUGAAAAACAAAAACCGCAAAGAAUAUAAAUUAUAGAGGAGAAAAUAAUUUUUUUUAUCUCGGAGGGUGCUUUUUUCCUGUAACUAGUGAACUGGCAUGCCGUAUAUCUAAUAUCGGAAAAAUAGAAAGUCACAUAACGACGAAUGAUAAAUUAUAUGACAUAAAAAAUAAUUUUUCGUAAAUAUUUCUCCAUUUUUCGCACACACAAACACAAUAAAGAGAAGAGAUAAAAAUAGAUACACACAGGCACAUAAAACCAAAUAACUCAUAUAGCACGGUCCAAGGCUCAACUCGACUGCUGACUGCCUCGUUACACAAAAUUCCAUUUUUCAACUACAAACCAUUUCAUCCACAUGUGGAACAUUUUAUGAGUUUUUUUUUACCAUCCACAUAUGUGUGCUGCUUCUGUUGCUCUUUAAAGGAUCGUAUUUUUUUCUGGUGAACAAGGAUAUUGAUUUUCAAGCAACUGAAGAAAAAAAUUCUCGGAAAGUCUCAUUGUUUCUGACACAAACAUACAAAAAAAUACGAGAAUUCAAAUUGACAACGAACUAAAUAGGAACGUCCGGAACAUAACUUGCAAAGAAAGUUGGACGUAAAAAAAAUUUAAAUUGACAAAACGCUAGAGCAGCAAAAAAAAUGAAUUAGACAUGAUGAAACUUAAUUGAGUUAUAAGGAACGGAGAUAAAAUAAAAAAAGAUUGAGUUUCGGAACCGAAAGCAGCAAAUAAAAAGAAUAGCGAAAAAGUAUUCAAAUGAGUAAAAAAUGCAACGAAUUCGUGAUAAAAUUCUGAUAGUGUCUUUAUUGAUUAGCACAUUUGCAACGGUGCUGGUCAACUGCCAACAACAUCAGGCUCUUCAAAAUGUAAUUGAACCAUCACAGGCAUUCAGUUAUGAGGCACCGGAUGAUUGUAAAUUUUCUUUAAUUAAAAAUCAAGAUAUAUCAUUAGUGUGUAAUCUACGUACAGUAAAUAGUGAAUAUGAUACAACAAAUUUCUCAGUGAUACCAAUUGAGCAUACGACAUCACUAACAAUUUUAUGUAAUAAUGAAUUGAAGACAAAGAGUCGUCUUAAGGCAAAGAGCUUUAGUCAUUUAGUGCAAAUUAAUGAGCUCGGACUCGAAUAUUGUAAAUUUGCCAAACUUCAAUCGGACUUCUUAUGGGGUCUCGGUGGUCUACGGAAUUUAUCAAUUCGUACACACAACAUUUAUUGGCCAUCAUUAAACUUAGAAAUUGAUGGAAAUACGUUUCAGUAUGUGAAGAAUUUAGUGAGAUUAGAUUUGAGUACAAAUAAUAUCUGGUCAUUACCGGACGGAAUAUUCUGUUCGCUCUCGAAUCUAAAGCAUCUCAAUAUUAGUGAAAAUAGAUUGCAAGACAUAAAUGAAUUAGGAUUUCGAGAGCGUGCGAGUAAUGAACGUGAAAUUAAUGUUGAUGAUAAAAGGCCAAUUCCACCGCCAACAUUAAGCUCAUUACUCACAUCAACGUUAUCGUCUGGCGAUAGCAAAAAGUCAUCAAUUGGAUGUACGAUUGAUUUAGAAUAUUUGGAUAUAUCAUUCAAUCAUUUUGUGCUACUGCCUGAGAAUGGCUUUGGAACAUUAAAACGUCUACGAAUUUUAAAAAUCAACAACAAUGAAAUUUCAAUGCUCGCUGACAAGGCACUCGGUGGACUUAGAAACUUACAAAUUAUUACUUUAAGUUCAAAUAAAAUUGUUGCACUACCAUCAAAGCUAUUCAAAGAUCCAUCACAGACAAUUCAGGAGAUACAUUUGAAAAAUAAUUCAAUUAGUGUUUUAUCGCCAGGCUUAUUUGCAAACUUAGUUCAAUUGCAAACACUAGACUUGUCAGUUAAUCAAUUGACAUCGACAUGGAUUAAUCGUGGCACAUUCAAAGGCUUAAUUCGUUUGGUGCUGUUAGACUUAUCAACAAAUAAAAUCACAAAAUUAGAGUCUGAAAUGUUCUCCGAUUUAUAUACAGUGCAGAUAUUAAAUUUGAGAAAUAAUUUAUUGGAGAAUAUUGAUGCAAAUACAUUUUCAUCGAUGAGUAACUUACAUAAAUUACUAGUGUCACAUAAUAAGAUCAAAUAUCUCGAUGCUUAUUCAUUAAAUGGAUUGAGUGUUUUGGCAUUGCUCUCACUCGAUAAUAAUGUCUUAACAGGUGUUCAUCCUGAGGCAUUUAGAAAUUGUAGUUCAUUGGAUGUGUUGAAUUUAAAUGGAAAUGAAUUAACAAAAAUUCCAUUAGCCCUCAAAGACAUGAGACUGUUGAGAACAUUAGAUCUUGGCGAGAAUUUAAUUUCGACACUCGAUGAGCCCGGAUUUCGUGGACUUAAUAAAGUCUAUGGUUUACGCUUGAUUGGAAAUCAAAUUGAAAACAUUUCACGAUCAACAUUCCGCGAAUUGCCUGAAUUGCAAAUUCUAAAUUUGGCAAAAAAUCAAAUAACAAAUAUUGAACGUGGUACAUUUGAGGCAUCGCCAAGCAUCGAAGCGAUUCGUUUAGAUGGAAAUUUUCUCACGCAAAUCGAUGGCCUUUUCAGCAACAUGCCAAAUCUUGUAUGGCUUAAUGUCUCCGACAAUAAUUUAACACAAUUUGAUUUCGCACACAUACCCAACGAUCUCAAAUGGCUCGAUAUUCAUAAAAAUAAUCUAACAGAAUUAACAAAUAUACAUGGGUUAGAUGAUCAAUUGAAAUUGCAAACAUUGGAUGUGAGUUUUAAUCGAUUGGAGCGAGUGACAGCAUCAACAAUUCCAAAUGCCAUUGAAUUGCUGUUUUUGAAUGAUAAUUUAAUUCACGAAAUUGAACCUCACACAUUCCUGCAUAAGCCAAAUUUAACGCGCGUGGAUCUGUAUGCAAAUCGCAUUACUGGAUUGGAUCAAAAGGCAUUGCGUCUGACGCCGUAUCCGUUGGAAAAAGUAUUACCAGAAUUUUAUAUCGGAGGUAAUCCAUUCAUAUGCGAUUGUAAUAUUGAAUGGCUUAAAACAAUUAAUGAUCAAUAUUCACGUUCAUAUCCACGUGUCAUGGAUAUCGAUACGAUUUACUGUAAGCUUCUUUACAAUCGUGAUAAAUCAUUUAUACCGCUGUUGGAAGCACAACCUCAUCACUUCUUGUGUGGAUAUACUCAUCACUGUUUCAGCAUUUGUGAUUGCUGUGGUCAUAAUUCAUGCGAUUGCGAGAUGAAAUGUCCAACAAAUUGUACAUGCUUUCACGAUCUAGCAUGGAAGACGAAUAUCGUGGAGUGUAGUGGAACUGUUUAUCGUGACAUACCGAAGAAAAUGCCAAAUGACAUUACCGAAUUAUAUCUCGACGGUACGAACUUAAUGGAGCUGAAUGAGAAUAGCUUUAUUGGCAAGAAAAAUUUGAUAAUUUUCUACGGCAACAAUUCCAAUAUCCAUACAAUUUUAAACGGAACAUUCGGACAUCUUCAAAAACUGUUGAUCUUGCAUUUAGGCAAUAAUAAAUUACAACGCCUCAAUGGACAUGAGUUUAAUUCAUUGGAAAAUCUCCGAGAAUUAUAUUUACAACAUAAUAAAUUGAGCUAUAUUGAUACGCGAACAUUUCAAGAAUUGAAGAAAUUGCAAGUGAUUCGACUUGAUGACAACAAGCUGAUUAACUUUGAAAUAUGGCAAUUGACAUAUAAUCCAUAUUUAGUUGAAAUUGCUUUAGCCGAUAAUCUCUGGUCCUGUGAUUGCCAUUAUCUUAACAAAUUGCAAAUCUAUUUACAAUCGAAUACUGAGAAAAUUAUCGAUCUGAAUCGGAUGGCAUGUGUAUACAACAACUACACGAAUGUCCUUAAAGAGAAAAAUGGCACAAUUUGUACAUUAAAAGAUGGCAUCUCAUCAAUUGUUUACUCGAAGCAAAUUGAAGAUUUAUUGCCAUUCUUACUCGUUGCUACAUGUGCAUUUGUUGGAUUCUUCGGUCUUGUUAUGGGCAUCUUUUGCUAUCGUCAUGAGUUAAAGACAUUCAUACAGACACAUUGCACUCAAUUGUUCAUUUGUUGUGGCUACAAAUCGACAGAAUUCUUUAAUGACUAUAACGAUAAGGAUCGAUUGUAUGAUGCAUAUCUCAUCUAUUCCAUACAAGAUGACAACUUUGUCACUCAAGGCCUAACAAAUGUUCUCGAGAAUGAUAUCGGCUAUCGUCUAUGUCUUCAUUAUCGUGACUUCAAUUUAAAUGUGAACAAUUUUAUUGCUGAUACAAUUUGUGAGGCUAUUGAUAAUUCCAAACGUGCCGUACUUGUUCUAUCGAAAAAUUUCCUCUACAACGAAUGGGGUCGAUUUGAGUUCAAAGGUGCAGUUCAUGAAGUGCUUAAGAGGAGACGUAAGUUGAUUAUUAUAUUAUACGGUGAUAUUCCACAAAAAGACCUUGACGCUGACAUUCGACUGUAUUUGAAAACAAACUUAUGCCUCGAAUGGGAUGAUAAGAAGUUUUGGCAAAAAUUACGCUUAGCAUUGCCAUCAACCAGUAGCAUUGGUAAGCAAACAAAUAAACACUGUUUGACAAAUCGAUCGACAACGAAUGUUUAUGCAGCAGCACCAAUCUAUGAAGGUGUUCAUCAAAUGUCAAAUGUCCCACCAAAUGUCUCUCAAUAUCCACCGUUAAGAGCACCGCAUGAUUACAAUACAAUAACGCCUGUAAAUCGUUCAUCGACGCUACGUCGUGGAAAUAAUACAUUAAUGGCCACUAGUGGUCCAGCAUCAAUUCGAUUAGACAAUUAUGGACCGGCAAUGUCUGGCGGUUGUCAACCAAAAAUCUGUGAUAAUUAUGAACAAAUAAAUAAUUGUAAAUUCAAUACAAUGCAAAAUGAACAUCAUAUAAACAAUAUAACACGUCGUGUACACGAAUAUGCCGUUCCAAUAUGUACAGCAGCUAAUAUCGGUAAUCCAACUGCAAUGGAUUCGAAACGAACUAAUUGUAUGUUGGGCAGUAGCAGUGAUAAUAAUAAUUUUGAGUGCAACAACAAAUAUACAUCAUCAACAUCCUCAUUGUCGAAUGGUUCUAGUGAAUUUUGUACACGAUCAUUGUCAUCGCCAUCUAAUAGUCGACAUUGUAUCGAUGGCUAUACAAAUGACAACGUAAAUUCCGACGAUGUAUUCUAUAAAAGUAAGGAACCACCAUCAUCGCGUGGCGAUAGCAACAUUAAUAAUUUAAAUAACAUUAAUUGUAAAACAAUGCCAUCGAGCUACUAUUGCGGUGGUAAUUCCAAAAAUAGUAACAACAAUAACAACAAUACGAUACAUCAUCAACUUCACAACACAUCACAAACAUCAAAAAUGUAUAACAAUAAAAGUGAUAAAUUAAAUAUUGUUGAUGAAAAUAAUAUGAAGAAUUCAGCAAAUGUCACAACUACUGAUAAGAAGAGAAGACUGCCACAAUCUGAAAUGAUGUGGGCUUAACAUUUUAUUAAGACAAAAAUUCUAUCUCUAUUACUAAAGACAGGUUAGGUAUAAACAAAAAUGAAAAUGAUGAA